UAUUGGUACUUUAUUUGGGUGGUUCUUCCACCUCUGAUGUGAAUAUGAACAUAAUGCUUGAAUUGAUUUGAAUUUGGGUUAUUGUUGCACCACAAGACUCCAGCACUAUUUCUAAGUCAUCCGUCUCUUUCCCUAAAUAUUACUGGGCUUCACUAGUGAGUGAGUGUAACAUCGGAGCCUGAAAUUUGGAUAACAAAGUCCCCCCAGCCCGUGGAGGACGAGGAGGUGGAUGAAGACGGGGUAGACCCAGCAGUAGGUGGCGCCAAAGCGUCGCAGUCAUGCAAAUGAACUGUAAAAGCCAAACAGGCUGCGUUAGCUUCACUGUAAUGACGUUAACCUCCUGGAUGUUUUCUCUUGCCGUUAAUGAGUUUGAAAACCGGGGACCGACAUCCAUGAACCUCUCGGGUCUCUGAAGGAUAACCACCCUGACCUCCGCCAAGUCAGCUCAGUGUCCACCCGGCGAUCCUGAAGGAAGCGGUGAUCCUGCCUAACUGACACCCUGCUUCUCCUGCACUCCACCCAACUCUGCCCCCUCCCCACCCCCUGUCCUGGUUGGGUCUCUCUGCUGCCGGCAGUGGAUUGGAGCACUCUGAUUGGAGGCUUUGCAAGGUGGUUUUUCGGUCUGGCGCCGCCUCCCCCCGGGGCCGGCGUGCGCUCCCAGCAGCCUGUGGUGCCCUGUGCCCCCCCCUCCCCAUCACUGCACACCAGAGCCCAUGCCCAGGGAGGAGUUGCGGUGCGUCCGCCAGGAGCCAUGUGCCUCCCUCACACCAACAACAUGGACAGCAAGCUACAGGGGGCGGGGCCAGGGGGAGGGGCUUCACUACGACGAGCAGGAGGCGUUCCGCUGGAGCCCUUCAUACACCAGGUGGGGGGUCACACCAGUAUGAUGCGUUAUGAUGACCACACAGUGUGUAAGCCUCUGAUCAGCAGAGAGCAGCGCUUCUACGAGUCUCUGCCUCCAGAGAUGAAGGAGUUCACUCCGGAGUACAAAGGUAUGGUGCUGGUUUGUUUCGAAUGUGACUCUGAUGGCUACAUCAACCUGGUGGCCUACCCCUACGUGGAGAACAACAUGGAGGGAGGGACUGCGGAGCAUGAGGAGCGCGAACCCCCGGAGAGGGAGCAGCCGAGGAGGAAGCACUCCCGACGCAGCCUCCAUCGCUCCUCCUCUGAACACAAGGAUGAGCGGCCCGAGAGGAGGGAGGCGCACGACACCGACACCUCUGAAAAUCUUGCAGAGCUGAAGAGUCCCAGGCUCGACCCAAAGAUCCACUCCGACGUCCCCUUCCAGAUGUUGGACUGGAACAGUGGUUUGAGUUCAGAGAAGAUCAGUUACAACCCUUGGAGCCUCCGCUGCCACAAACAGCAGCUCAGCCGCAUGAGGUCUGAAUCCAAGGACCGCAAACUCUUCAAGUUCCUGUUGUUGGAGAACGUGGUUCACCACUUCUCUUACCCCUGCAUCCUGGACCUGAAGAUGGGCACCAGGCAGCACGGAGACGACGCCUCCGAGGAGAAGGCGGCCAGGCAGAUGAAGAAAUGUGAACAGAGCACUUCAGCGACGCUGGGAGUCAGAGUGUGUGGCAUGCAGGUGUACCAGCUGAACACCGGUCACUACCUCUGCAGGAACAAGUACUACGGUCGCGGCCUGUCAAUCGAAGGCUUCCGCCAGGCCCUCUACCAGUACAUGCACAACGGAAAGGGUCUGAGGCAUGACCUCUUUGAGCCAAUCCUGAAUAAGCUUCGCAGCCUGAAGACUGUGCUGGAGAGGCAGGCGUCCUAUCGCUUCUACUCGUCUUCACUGCUCAUCAUCUAUGAGGGACAGAAACCUGAGGGCCCUUCAGUCCUCAGCUCUGGGCAGCAUGCGGCCUCGCAACAGAAGACUCCUGCGGCCCCUGCAGAGCCCCACUGUGGCACCGGGCCCCACGCGCCUCCGGCCCCUGACGCUCCCUGUGAAACGGACAUGAGCCAGAAACCAGACCCUCGUUCACUGUCCUCUCAGGGACCUGGACUGAUGGCUCCGCCCUCCCCCUCCCCUCAUUCUCCCCCACAGGCCCCUCCCACCAAGUCAGACUGCCACUCCUUCCUCCCCCCUCUCUCCUCACCUCAUCCCCAUCCAGACUCCUCCUCCCCUGCUCCCAGCUUGACUUCCUUCCCCCCUCCUCCGACCCCCAGCCCCAGCAGCCCCUUGGUCGACGUACGUAUGAUCGACUUCGCCCACUCCACCUUCAAGGGUUUCCGCGGCGACACUGCGGUGCACGACGGCCCGGACCGGGGCUACGUGUUCGGACUGGAGAGCCUGGUCCAGAUCCUGGAGAGCCUGCGAGAUGACAACCUGCUGUAGCUUUGAAUACACACACACACACACACACACACGCAAACACGCACGCAAACACACGCACACACACACACACACAGCUUGUUGUGAGUUAGUUCAGGUCGUGCCGCAGUUUUCUCAAGAACUGAGACGGUUUGGUUGUAAAUAUGGAACAGGGUUCUUCAGCAUGUCACCAUGGCAACAUGGGCAUUCUACAGUCGAGUAGUUACUAUAGCAACAGCCAAGAGGUGGGACAGUGGAGCUGAAAUGGCUGCAACUUCAAGCUGACAUGGAGAACCUCUGUCACACACACACACACACACACACAUUUGUACUUCUAUACUUGUGAGGACCCUCAUUGACAUAAUGCAUUCCCUAGCCCCUAACCUUAACCAUCACAACUAAAUGCCUAACCACAACCGUCACCCAAACUCUCACCCUAAACUGAUUUCUAACCUUAAAGUCUCCCUCCACUCCGAAAAUGUGUUUUUCUUAUUGUUACGUCAGUUGGAUGUUUGAGCUUCAUCGUGCAGAAUGACAUGUGCAGAGUUUGACACUAGAAGGCUGUUUUCACGUUAAUCUGCUGAAGAGGGAAACCUUAACUCUGAGUUUAACACGUGUAGAUAUGAGCAUCACAAUUAGUUCCUGGUCUUGAGUGAGAAUUGGUUCUUCAGUGACAUCUUGUGUCCAGCAGUUAAACUUUUGAAAGAAAAAAUAUUUGCAUAUUCCUGGAUUCUGGAUUUUUCAAUCAGGGACAAGGAGUAGAUUUUAAUGAGGUCAGUUUUCAUAGAAAAACAUACUAAUGUACAGAAUUUUUAUACGUCUUAAAACAUGUCUGGAGGGGAUCUUUAAACUCAGAUGAGCACAGAGAAACAAAUAUCAGAAGAUGAAUGUGAAAACAGCCUUAUAGUGUCAAACAUGCAUCGUUCUGCACAGUGAAGCUCAAACAUCCACAUAAACAAUACGCACACUUAUGAGUGGAGGGGGUCUUCAACCAUAACACCAAGUCAAACUUGGAAGGAUGUGAGGACCAUCCAAAAAUGGCGGAACUCCCAAGCUCCAAAACUCAAAUUGGUCCUCAACAAAAUAGACAAACAAGAGCACACACACUCAAACACACACACAUCCCGGGAGCAGUUGUCUGUGGAGCUGUUUGACAGCACAGCGGGACCGAGCGUCCUCUCUGAACGACCAAGCAGCUGGAUCCCAGGGGCCGCCCACUGAAGUUGGCCAACACUCACUUUACCAUCCUCAGCCCCCUCCCCCCCACCCCCAACCACACACACUCCUCUUUCUCUACAGAAACCAAACCUGGACAGGUGAAUAGACUCCUUUAGCGUUACCUUGAAAACGCAUUCAGAAACACAUCCAAGCAUCUGUUAAAGCAAUAGAUGGCGAUGAUAGACGGCAACUUUUUUCUUCAGCGGUGCAGAGGGCAGCAUCACCCACAGGGAGAACGGUGAUAAAGUGCAACAGAAAUCUGCAUCAUAGAAGUAGGCUUUAAGGAGAGAUAAUAUAGAUAAUUUCUAAAAUGCUGUAUGUCCGUUUUUGGGGCUUUAUUCAAAAACGUUAGUAGUCGGUGUCCUGUAAAAUCAUCCUCUGGGUUAUUGUGUAAUAUCAAAAGCAUAAGUGUUACUUUCCCAAAUCUGGUCUGGUGAUAUUUUUCUUAACUACUUAUUGUCAACUAAUCCCAUGAAAAAAACAAAACCAACAAUGACUUGAUCCACUAACAAGUACUGUGUGUGUAUCCAAAGCCUGAUAUAUCUUCUUCCUCUGUGCCAUAGAGCUCCAUUGUUGUUCAAAACUAUUAAAAACACAUCAGUGAGUCACUCCUUUGCACUGGGUGACAUUUUCCUUCAUUACCAUGAACACACACACUGUAGUUUACUUUGACUCAGUCCCACACACACCGUCCUGCUGCCCCAAAUGUGGAUUCGUUCACCGCUGAAAAUAGUCUCCAACAAAUGCACUAUUUCCUCAUGUUUCAGUAACAUUUGCUAAUAACUACAGUGUUUAGCUGUUUUAGGAAAUUACUGAGCCUUAAAAAAAAGAAAAAGAAAUUAUAUAUUUGUGAGCUUGAAAGUUCUUUUUAUAUAUCAAAUUAUUUUUGGGGGGGUAUUUUAUGCCUUUAUUUGAUAGCCGACAGUAGAGAGAUGACAGGAAAUUUCUGGCUAGACUAUCAGGGGACGUUGUGGUUCAUGAUCGGCGCCUUAACCCCUAGGCCACCAGGGCGUCCCUGAAAGUUUAUUCAUGACCUUGGAAACAGCAGUUGACAAAACAAUCUUCCCACAGUGUCCAUUUAGUACCUGAUCGAGUUGCUCCGUUGUCGUGGAAUUAUAGAUGUUCACAUUUUUAAAAGCUUUGAAGACUUUUCGUCCAUGUUGGCUUUUAAAGAUCGAAAUCUCCAGAACAGCAACUAAUUGGUGUUUCCUGUUGCUGUUUCCAUGUCAAGAAUGAAUUUUCAAUCCCUACAUUUGAGCCAACAUGGAAGAGAAGUCCUUAAAGUGCUCAUAAAAAUAGAAACAAUGGAUUGUGUGAUAUGAUCAAAAGCUCCAGAAACAACUACUUAAUGGACCUUGUGGUGGGGUUGUUUUGUCAACUAUACAUUUGUGAACCAUUUUUUAAAGAUUUACAUCUUCAGUAGGAACAAAUGGUCUUGGAGCUGAGUGCCACAGACAGAGUAAGGACGUCAGUGUUCAGCGACGGACAAACAGACUGUCCGUCUUUUCAUGGGAUUAGUUGACAAUAGAAAAAUAUAGAAUAAAACCAGCCUUAUUCUUUGAGUUAUGGCUGGGUGAAUAACAAGAACAUUUAAUAAGAAUAAUAUUUUUCUUACAUAUAUUAUAUACAUAUAUAUCUGAUAAAAUCACAAUGUGGCAAAUCUGUGCAAAAUCACAUAAAAUAUUCAAAUUCAUGUUCAUUGCAAUGAAAAAAAAAAAACUCCCCUUCAACUAAUUUUGACAGGUUUUUUCCUGGUAACUCAGCAGAAUUGGCCGCAAUGUCUCAUUUGAAGAUGUCACCAUUUAUCUCAUCUGAUUGGUCCUGAUGAGACCGUGUUAGCCAAUCACAUUUGUCCAUUUAUGCUUCCGUCACCAAGUUCCAGAGACCGGCUGCGACGCAGCACCGCCCCCUGCUGGACAGCAACAGGAACUCAACCCCAGGAGCUGGAAUAAGAGAGAGCAAAUAUGAAUAUUUUAUUUUUGGUUUAUCGAGGUGAUAAUUUAUUUUUUUAUUGUACCUUUACCCAUGUGUGUGGUAAUGUUUUGUCUUUUACAUGUCUCCACCCCAAAUGUAUAAAAUGUAAAGAAAUUAAGUGCAUCAGAGACACAAUGUGUGAAAUGUCAGGAGAAUACACAGUAUUAUUUGAGCUAACUGAAGCCGGUUUUAUUUGCUGCUGACUCGGCUUCAGUCACAAAAUCGGGUUUCAUGAAGAAAACUGUCGCAGCAAAUCCAGACUUCAGUCAGCUCACUGAGCCCAACACUUGUGCCUGCUGUGGAGUUGUUGCUCAGGUGGGAAACUCUAUUGAACGUGUGUGUGUAUGUAUGUGUGUGUGUGUGUGUGUGUGUGUUAGAACAAAGGUAGACGCCAUCUUUAGUCUUUGGUUUGUUUCACUUCACAUUUAAGGAGUUGGUAAAGGACUGCAUGCACAUUAACGUCCUCCUGUUUGGGCCAGUUUCCACCACAGCGUCAAACAUUCUUGUUACAGUCAUCACAGAGUCUAAAGCGGCGGUGGUCCACAUGUCCUCUCCGAUCAUGAUGUUUCUUUAUGAUUAUUAGCCGCAAUGAUUGAUCAGUUAUUUAGCAGCAUUUUCUGCAUCUGACAUCAUCCUGACUGUUUGUUAGAACAGUGAAAGUAAGUGAGAUUAAAUCUUUCCAGAAGCU